AUGAGAAACAACGCCUUAAAAUUACUAAUUAGGCAAAUUUUUUUAAAAAGUACACAUUUUUAUAAGAAGUUCAGUAGGGAAAAUUUUUUAAAUUUUCGUUAUAAUUCAUUAUUAUCGAUGGUUUUUAUCAUAUUUUGCAAUAAAGCAUCUGGUGCCGUCAGAAGAGACGAUGGAUGA